GGCAGCGGUUGGAGUUAAGGCCUAAACAAAAUGAAGCAACAAUUGUUUAUAACGUUGGUAGUGUUCGCGCUCGUGCUAAAUGCACAAGCUAAGCCCAAUGGCAAAACUAGCCGAAUUCCUGAUUUUGUCAAGAUAUGUUAUCGUGACUCCCCGGAUAUAAACACCUGUGCCCGUGAGUCCUUCAACACGCUUAAGCCGCGUCUUAUGAAGGGCAUACCAGAACUUUUCAUACCACCAAUGGAACCGCUGGUUGUGCCAGAGAUCAAAAUGGAUCAGGACUCCGGCGCUAUUUAUCUUCACUCUAUAUAUAAGAACAUGAAAAUAACUGGCAUGUCUAAGCAUACUUUGAACGAUCUUACCAUUACGCCCAGUAAUUUAAAGUUCAUGGUUUCGAUGACAUUCCCUAAGCUGCAUCUGGAAUCGCAGUACAGCAUUAAGGGCAAAAUCAUGAUGAUGCCACUGAUGGGCGAUGGACACUGUACUAUUGACAUCAGCAAUUUAUCAAUGAAAACGGAGCUGUUCGGCCAGGAGUACCAGAAGAACGGUGCCACAUACUUGAAGAUCAAGGAUAUCAAGGUCAAAUAUGAGCUAUCGACUGUGCACAUGCAUCUGGAUAAUCUUUUCAAUGGUGACAAGGCGCUGGGCGAUCGUAUGAACACUUUCCUUAACGAAAACUGGAAGUCACUGGCCGAGGAAGUGCGUCCACUUAUGACAAAGGCACUGAUUGACAUACUACGUGCCUCCAUAGACAAACUGUUUGAUUCCUUCAGCUACGAUGAGCUGCUGCCCAAGCUAAAGAAAUAAGCAGCUAGUUAUUUAAAUACUAUAGUUUAUUUAAUCAUAGAUUUCAGUAUAAAUGCAAAAUAUUAUUA